CCUCAGCCUUGUGAUUGCCACACAUGAUGCUGACCCGCUCGCUAAGUCGCGUGGCCUCCGCUCGCGCCAUCCGUCCGUUCCAUGCGUCCCGCCAACUCAUGCGCAUGGACGACUUCGAUAGCAUGUCGCGAGAGACCCCAGUGAACUUGGGUGUCUUGGUUGUCCCGCAACAGCGAGCUUGGGUCGUCGAGCGCUUUGGCCGCUUCCACACGACGCUUGAACCAGGGUUGCACUUUCUUAUCCCGGUGGUCGACCGCGUUGCGUAUGUUCAUUCCCUCAAGGAAGAAGCGAUCAAGAUUCCUGGGCAAUCCGCUAUCACAAAGGACAACGUGACCAUUCACAUUGACGGUGUGCUUUACGUGAAGAUCAACGACCCCUACAAAGCUUCUUACGGCGUGGAGGACCCCAUUUACGCCGUCACCCAGCUCGCUCAGACGACCAUGCGGUCGGAACUCGGGAAAAUCACCCUCGAUAAGACUUUCGAAGAGCGUGAACACCUAAACAAGAACAUUGUCGCUUCCAUCAACCAAGCAUCCGAAGCAUGGGGCAUCAAGUGUCUGCGAUAUGAGAUCCGAGACAUCGCUCCACCGACGUCCGUGAAAGCUGCGAUGGACAUGCAAGCCGAAGCGGAACGCAAAAAGCGCGCAGAAAUUCUCGAUUCCGAAGGUGAACGACAGGCGUACAUUAACGUGGCGGAAGGGAAGAAGCAGGCGAUCGUGCUGGAAGCGGAAGGUAACGCUGCGGCCAUUCUGGCUCGUGCCGAUGCGUCUGCCGAAGCCAUCAAGAAACUAUCGGCGGCACUGCAAAGCUCGGGUGGCGAACAAGCUGUGGCGCUGCAGAUCGCCGAGAAGUACGUGGAAGCGUUUGGCCAAGUCGCCAAGGAAAGCACGACGCUCCUCCUUCCAUCGAACGCGAACGAUCCUGCGAGCAUGGUCGCGUCCGCGCUCUCGAUCUUUGCCAACGUGCAGAACAAGACAGCCCAUUUGAGUCACAAGUCGUCGUUGCCAGGACAUGACGGGGACUACGAACUGGACCCCCUUCAGCCUGACAAUGACGGGUACCCUAAAGUGUAGAAGUAUCAGCCUAUAACCCUGAACAGCGCCAUGGAGACCCCAUUGUGAUCGUCA